AUGUCUUACAUAGAAUCACAGUUUCCUCCUCCGCCUUUGGAAAAUAUCAAUUGGGCUGCUCUCGGAAGUGCCAUUACUGAAGACAAUGGCCACGUCGAAUGCCGCUACGAUGUCACGACGGGAGUCUGGACAGAGCCUACACUCAUUAAAGAUCCUUACAUCAAGGUCCAUGGUUUGGCGCCAGGACUGAACUACGGUCAGCAAGCCUAUGAGGGAAUGAAAGCGUACCGCUCCCCAACAAACACCAUCAACGUCUUCCGCCCACAGUAUCAUGCAACUCGCCUCGCCAACAGCAGCUCCUGCGUAUCCAUUCCCCCCAUCCCCGAAAAGCUAUACCUGGACGCCGUUAACCUAGCCGUCGCCCGCAAUGCAGCUUACGUUCCUCCACACUCCGCAUCCGCACUCCUAUACAUCCGUCCUGUAGUCUUCGGCUCUGCUGGUAAUCUAGGCCUCACGCCACCGAGUGAAUACACUUUUGCAGUGUACACGCAGCCAGGCAAUGCCUAUCAUGGUAUCAAGCCCAUGCCAGCAGUGGUGAUGGAAGAGUUUGAUCGGAGCGCACCGCGCGGCACAGGAGGAUACAAAGUGGGGGGUAACUAUGCGCCGUGUAUAAGAUGGCAGGGUAAGGCGAGGCAGAUGGGGUACGGCUUGACGCUGCACUUAGAUAGCAAGACGCAAUCGGAGCUGGAGGAGUUUAGCACAUCGGGUUUUGUCGGGGUCAGGAGAGAAGGGGAUGGCAAAACUACGUUGUGCAUACCAGAUAGUACCAACAUCGUAGACAGCGUAACAAGUGAUGCUAUUGUUGCUAUUGCGAAGAGCUUGGGUUGGACGGUCGAGAAGCGCAAGAUACACUACACCGAACUCCGCUAUCUUACUGAGGUACUAGCAGUGGGGACUGCUGCUUCUAUCGUACCAGUUGCAUCAAUCCACCGACCUUCCACCGAUGAGACCUUUGUGUUCAAUCAUAGUGGUGAGGGUAGUGCCGAGAACCCUGGGCCUGUGUGCGUUCAGCUGAGCCAUAUCUUGUUGGAUAUUCAGAAGGGCGUUGUUGAAGAUAGCUGGGGAUGGAGAUCGGAGGUUACUGAUCCUGAUGCAGUGGUGAAUGGUAGUGAGCCGACGAAAGAAGUCCAAGAAGUAAAUGGCAAGCAUGAGAAGGAGGUCCCAGAAGUGAAUGGCAAGGAGCCAGCGAAGGAAACACAGGAGGUAAAUUGA